UAAACCCCUCAGAGUUUGAGCAGGAAUUCUUGUGCUGCACACUUCUUCUUUUGACUCACAAACUUUGAGAAAGGUUUCAGGGCAAUGAUGGAGAUGAAUGCUACCCCUUCUUAUCACAUCAAUACAACAGAAUUAUCUGGCAAAAAAGGCUUUACGUCUACUGACAAGUAUGCUGAGCUGAGAAAGUCUCUCCACAUCAUGUCUCUCAUUAUCUACUGCCUGACCUGCGUUCUUGGUGUGCUCGGGAAUGGACUGGUUAUCUGGGUGACCAAGUUCAAGAUGAAGAAAACAGUUAACACAGUUUGGUUCCUCAAUCUCGCUGUGGCUGACUUCCUCUUCACAGCAUUUCUGCCCCUGAAUGUGAUUUACGUGGCUCUGGGUUUUCACUGGCCUUUCGGCAAAUUGAUGUGCAAACUGUACAGCACUAUAAGCUUCCUGAACAUGUUUGCCAGUGUCUACAUUCUGGUGGUGAUCAGUGUGGACAGAUGUGUGUCUGUGGUUUGGCCCGUCUGGGCCCAGAACCAUCGGAGUCCACGUAAGGCAUACUUUGUGUGUCUGGGUGUUUGGAUACUGUCUCUGAUUCUCAGCACUCCAUUCUUCAUCUUCAGGGACACUGGGCGAUUAAAUGCCAAUAAAGAGAACAUCUACUGCUUUUACAAUUUAACUUUUCCGAAUGACAAUAAAACACAAUCUUUAAAUCAGCUGAUACAGCUUCGUUUUCAGGUCAUAACCAUCACUCGUUUCCUCCUAUGCUUUGUUGUCCCCUUCACUGUCAUCGUCUCCUGUUAUGCUGUGAUAAUCCAUCGAAUCAGAAGAAACCGCACCCUGGCCAGCAAGUCAAGUCGCUCCUUUAAGAUCAUCACUGCAGUCAUCACCACCUUUUUCCUGUGCUGGGCUCCUUAUCACAUCAUGAAUUUAAUUGAGAUGAUCAAUUUUAUACCUGCUUAUCGCAGUGAAACAUUGAUCUACGUUGUUACUGUUGGUGUCCCUAUAACAAGCUCCCUGGCUUAUAUCAACAGUUGCCUGAACCCAGUGCUGUAUGUGUUCAUGGGCCAAGAUUAUAAGAAUAAAGUCUACAAAUCCAUCCUAAAAGUGUUAGAGACUGCCUUCAAGGAAGAGGAUUCUGGCUCUCACAUUGACACAAAGUCAGUGGAAACCAGACAGAGUGAAGAGAUGGCUCUGUCAGCUCUUAAUACUUAAGUAUUAAGAGCUGAUAGGAGGCUGUCUAUGACAUGAAUAAACAGUCAUGCAAGUAACUUUUCACAAAUGUAACUGAAUAUGAGAAUUUACUUUUUUUCUUUCACAUUAUAGUAGACUGUAAAAUACCUUUUAAAACAGAUUAUUUCCUGAAUAUAAGAUCAAUGUGAAAUAUAAUUUCUGUACCAUAGCACAAAUGAUAGCAAGUUCAUUUUGCACAGCAUUGUCCUGCAGUUAGUUAACUUGCCCCUAACAUUCAACUCAACUUCCUCUACCAUCGACAGAUGAGAAACAUGAUACUCCUCCGCAGAUACCAUCUCUUGGUUGAUCUGUGCUUGUCUGUGGUUAAGGUUUUGUCUUGUCAUUCAAUCUUAUAAUCUGUUUGGUAAUUUUCACACUGUUAAUCUUCCUCAAAUGUUUAUAUCUCAUGUUGUGCUUAAUACCUUGGUGCUUUUAUAAACAUUUUAUUGCAUGCUUUUUUUUAGCUGUAUGGUAAGGCCAAGUGAAUUCAAGCAAAAAUAUUUAGCUGUUAUGAUCUAAUUAUGCUCCUACAGCAGCAGUCACCUUUACUUGGCUGAGUUUUGUCUUUUGUAUUUGUUUGGCCCUGAAUAUGUCAAAACUGAGAAGUCAUGUUUGUGAUGCUAUGGUAUGACAUGAAUAAACAAAUGCUAUAAGUGUAGCAAAUACUUUUCACACUCACGUAACUGUAAAUAAAAGGUUAAUUUUUGUGUAAUAAUACAUCUGAUCUUGCUAAAAGCUAAUUAUGAUCCCAUGGUAGCAGUUGACUGUGGUUAUUGUGAUAUGUACACAUGAACCUGUGUAUGAAAGCUUUAUCCAAAUGUAUUUCAUUGUUUUUUUUAUCUUAAUCAUAAAUGAUAAAUGUUGUUUGUGUUUUUCUUGUGUAGUAAAGAUUCCCGUUUUCCUUCAUUUUGACACUUCUCUUCCUCCCAUUUUUUUAUCUCACUUUCUUUCCUCCGGUUGGAGUAGGGUGAUAUACUUGCUUUCCUCAGCAUUGAUUGGUUCCUUUCACUAUGAUUAACCUGAUUGAAUUCACCUGUUCAGUCCCUAUCUAUACCCUGAAAACACUUUCAUGAUCAACACAUGGGUUGGCAGUGCUGGUAAGCAGAGUUUCUUUCUCUUUGGAUUAUCCUGGGAAUUAUUAGUUUAAUAGGGAAAAAAAUCCUUGUACACACUGUUGAAUUUUGACUCAAGUUUUAAUUUCUGUAUUCAUUUCUUUCAGAGUCAGAAUCCAUGUUUGUUUUCUCCCCCUUUAUGUUGCAAUUCUUGAGUUUUGGAAAAUAAACCUUUAUGUGGAAAA